ACCCGCCGUCUGCUUGCUUCCUCGCCCUCGACGGUACUGCGGUCGCUGACGAUGAUACUUUCUUCCCUACAGCGUUCGAUCGCGCGAGGUUACUUGAAUCUGCUUUCGUAAAACCUCCGAGGGAAUUACAUACAUGGCCGUCAUGUCCCGAUCUUCUUUCUCCACUCGCUUAACUCUGCUCGCCCUCCUCUCGGCCUCCACCUUCUACUUCUUCUACAAAUCUCGCCGUCUCAAACGCCUGAAGCACUCUCUAAACCCUAGUCUUAACACCAACAGAGGCAAGAUUUUCUUCAUAUCUCAAACUGGAACCUCUAAAACCCUGGCUCAUCGCCUCCUCAAUCUCUUGCACUCUCAAAACCUUCACUUCGACCUCAUUGACCCUAAACAAUACGAGCCCGAGGACCUUCCGAAAGAGACUCUGGUACUGAUCGUUGCAUCCACUUGGGAGGACGGAAAGCCACCACCUGAUGCCAGGUUUUUUGCGGAUUGGCUCGCGGAGAGCGCUGCCGAUUUUCGGGUGGGGUCAUUGCUUCUCUCCAGGUUGAGAUUCGCAGUGUUUGGAGUUGGUAGUAGGGCGUAUGGGGAAGCAUACAAUGCGGUGGCGCAGGAAUUUUCAAGGCGGUUAAAGGAGUUGGGCGGGAAGGAGAUGGUAGGGGUUGGGGAAGGGGAUGUGGAUAGGGGAGAUUUAGAUAGGGUUUUUGAGGAGUGGAGUACGAAGGUUGUUGGCGUUUUGGAAGGAGGUCGUGGUGUGGUGGAGAACGGAGCCGUUUUGGGCAAUGGAGUUGAUGAGAAUGAUAAUGAUAGUGCUUAUGGUUGGGAGACUGAUGAUGAAGAGGAAGAGAACGGUGGGGAAUCAGAGGUUGUUGAUCUCGAGGAUAUUGCAGGUAAAGCGCCUUCAAGGAAAUCAUCAUCUAUGGCUGAAACUAAUGGCAGGAUUAAUGGCAAAAGAGAUAUGGUUACUCCUGUAAUCAGAACAAGCUUAGAAAAGCAGGGUUAUAAAAUUAUUGGUUCACAUAGUGGUGUUAAGAUAUGUAGAUGGACCAAGUCUCAGCUUAGAGGACGAGGAGGGUGCUACAAGCAUUCAUUCUAUGGCAUAGAGAGUCAUAGGUGCAUGGAGGCAACCCCAAGUCUGGCAUGUGCCAACAAAUGUGUGUUCUGUUGGAGGCAUCAUACAAACCCCGUAGGAAAGAGCUGGCAGUGGAAGAUGGAUGAUCCCUUAGAGAUUGUGAAUUCUGCUAUAGACCAGCAUUUAAAGAUGAUUAAGCAAAUGAAAGGAGUUCCUGGUGUCACAUUGGAGCGACUAAAUGAAGGCCUCUCACCUAGACAUUGUGCCUUGUCACUUGUUGGUGAACCCAUAAUGUAUCCGGAGAUUAACACCCUUGUGGAUGAGCUGCACUCUAGACGAAUAUCUACUUUCCUAGUAACAAAUGCGCAGUUCCCUGAAAAGAUCAGAAUGCUGAAGCCUAUCACUCAGUUAUAUGUAAGUGUAGAUGCCGCAACAAAGGACAGCUUGAAGGCGAUUGAUAGACCACUGUUUGGGGACUUUUGGGAGCGUUUCAUUGAUUCCUUGAAAGCUCUUAAGGAGAAACAGCAGCGAACUGUUUACAGAUUGACAUUGGUGAAAGGAUGGAAUACAGAGGACAUAGAAGCUUACUUUAACCUCUUUAGUAUUGGGAAGCCUGAUUUUGUUGAAAUCAAAGGCGUUACGUACUGUGGAUCGUCCGCCACAUCAAAGUUGACCAUGGAGAAUGUACCCUGGCAUUCUGAUGUGAAGGCUUUCUCAGAGACCUUAGCUAUCAAAAGUGAGGGAGAAUAUGAGGUUGCUUGUGAGCAUGUUCAUUCAUGCUGUGUCCUCUUGGCAAAAACUGCGAAGUUCAAGGUCAAUGGGCAAUGGUUCACGUGGAUAGAUUAUGACAAGUUCCACGAUCUGGUUGCUUCUGGGAAAACUUUCAAUAGCAAUGAUUACAUGGCUGCCACACCUCUCUGGGCUGUAUAUGGAGCAGAGGAAGGCGGGUUUGAUCCGGAUCAGUCUCGGUACAGGAAGGAGCGGCAUCACAAAUCAAGCAGCUGACAACCAGGUUGGGAUUUUCAAUCUUAAUCAGUUUGUCACUUUUACUUUGUUAAGUCUAUAGCGCCCUACUCAAGUGAUAUGGUUUUGUACUACGGGGCUUGACAUGGGGCAUAAUUUUGGUCGGUAUGAUUGUGAACGUUAUAUAUUCUUCUUUGUAACUUAUAUAGAUGUAUUUUAAAGCUCUUGAUCACCUUAGUUGUGGUGUUUCAUUGCGCUUCUGAGAUCAGCCUGCUUGAGGUCGUGAACCGCAAUGCUGAAUAGCUAAUAAAUUUAUGUAAGCAUUUUUUUAGUGAUUAGUGUAAUUCUUUUGUGCGUUGAUGUCG